AUGGUGCACUGGACAGCCGAGGAGAAGCAGCUCAUCACCGGCCUCUGGGCCAAGGUCAACGUGGGCGACUGCGGCGCCGAGGCUCUGGCCAGGCUGCUGAUCGUCUACCCCUGGACCCAGAGGUUCUUCGCCUCCUUCGGGAACCUGUCCAGCCCCACGGCCAUCCUUGGCAACCCCAUGGUCCGUGCCCACGGCAAGAAGGUGCUGACCUCCUUCGGGGAGGCCAUCAAGAACCUGGACACCAUCAAGAAAUCUUUUGCCCAGCUGAGCAAACUGCACUGUGACAAGCUGCACGUGGACCCCGAGAACUUCAGGCUCCUGGGUGACAUCCUCAUCGUGGUCCUGGCCGCCCACUUCGGCAAGGACUUCACCCCCGCCUGCCAGGCCGCCUGGCAGAAGAUGGUGCGAGUGGUGGCCCACGCGCUGGCCCACGAGUACCACUGAGCCCCGGCACCUGGGGACAGCCCGGGGCUCCCAGAGCCGAUAAACACCAGCUGAGCCAAAUAAACCAUGGCUGAGCCAAAUAAACCCCAGAUGUGCCCAAUAAACCCCAGAUGUGCCCGAUAAACCCCAGCUGAGCCAAAUAAACCAUGGCUGAGCCCAGUAAACCCCGGCUGUGCCCAAUAAACCCCGAAU